GCAAAACUGUGGCGUUUUAUUCCCACUGUGGAUUUUCCACAGAAGACACGGUACAUCCGCUCAAUGCCACUUAGUAAUAUAUUAGCUAAACACCGGCUUCACUUUUAUAAUCUAAUAAAAACAUCGAACUUUCCUCCUCCUUUUUAACUACUUCACUGAACCACUGCGUUGGAUUUUUAGAAAGGGCGUGUUUGGCUGAAUCAGGACCGAGAGUUGUAGCUCUCGUACUUGGGGACUUGUGAGGAAUGACAGCACCUGGAAAGUCACUGCAAUCCGCCUGAAGGGAGAACAAUGGAUUAUAAGGAGUUUGGACAUGAUUUCGAGCAGAAGCUGACACUGACAGAUAAUUCUCUGCCCUUGCAAGGUGACUCUCAGUCCAUCCAUAGUGAUGACAAAUGUUUGGGGAGCGUGCUUCUGACGCCAGACGACUCAGCAAUCACGGACCUUUCCCCCAAAAUUGAGUCUUGCACCAAAGCAGAAACCCCCACGGAGAAGGAUGCUUUGUGCAAGAUAGACAAGUCGGCCCCAGGAACUAGCAGCAGCCCUCAGCCCAAGAAAGAUGCUUUGAACUCAGAACAGCGACAGAAGCUCGCCAAGCAAAGGAGAGAGGAAAGAGCCAGAUAUAUUGAACAGCAAACACAGCUGCAAGCGGCAAAGAAAGCUCAGUGGCUGGAGAAGGAGGAGAAGGCCCGGCGUUUGAGAGAGAGUCAGCUGGAGGACCGCAGGAAGAAGCUGGAGGAACAGAGACUGAAGGCUGAAAAACGCAGAGCUCUUCUGGAGGAGAAACAGAAGCAGAAACUAGAGAAGAAUAAGGAGCGAUAUGAGUCAGCCAUCAAGAGGUCGACAAAGAAGACGUGGGCCGAGAUCCGUCAACAGAGAUGGUCUUGGGCGGGUGGACUCAACCAGACCUCCCGCAGGGAAACCCGCAGCCUGCGCCUGAGUCCGUGGGAGAGCAGGAUCGUGGAGCGGCUCAUGACGCCCACGCUAUCCUUCCUGGCUCGCAGUCGCAGCGCCGCCACCCUCCUCAACAACAGUGACUCUUACUCUCACCACUGCUCCCGUUCAGCUUCAGCCAGUCCCCUCAAUGCCUGCUCCCACCACCAGCACCAGAACUCAGCGGAGCGCUGGAGGCUCUCCUCGGCCAGCACGCCCGACAUCACCCAGCGCCAACGACAACGAAACUCCACACCAGUUGACAAAAAGAAGAAAGAGAAGAAGGACAAGGAGAGAGAGAAUGAGAAAGAGAAGAGCGCGCUCACAAAAGAGAAGGUGCAGAAGAAGAGACAGACCGGAUCGCCCACCACAAACACAAGGAGAUCCCUACCGGAGUCCAGCACCCCCAAGCCAAGAACCAGACCUCCGUCGCCCGCUCCUCCCAAAAGUCGUCCUUUAUCGCCUUUGGCACCGGCGCCGGGUUCCAAGAUGCCCAUGGGUAAGAAGACACCGCCUCCUGGCUCCAAGACCCGACCCAAACGGGCCCAGACACCCGCCAGGGUGCAGCCCCAGACGGUCACUACGGUCGUCGUGGAAGCGAGCCAAGAACCAAAGGACUCCAGUAAUGUGUCGGCCGCUGCGCCAAGUGCAUCGCCUACCCCCAGCCCACCAGCUGUUGAGGCCUCAUCUGGUUCUGCGGCGAAAGAAGACCUCCCCACUCCGGCUUCCUCUCGCGUCGUCAACUCCGCGAGCAAUCUCGCCACCCCUGCCGCCACCGUCGCCCCCUCAGUCACAGGGACUGGCAGGCCGUCGGCUGGCACGAAUGACCCCGAGGAGGCCACUCGCGCCCUGGCCGAAAAACGCAGACAAGCGCGGGAGCAGCGGGAGAGGGAGGAACAGGAGCGGCAAGAACAGGAGCACAAGAAUAGGAUCCUCAAGGAGGAGGCUAUGGCACGCGAUGCAGAGGAGAGGAAACGCAGAGAGGAGGAGGCCCGCUUCAUGGCUGAGCAGCAGCAUUUGAGGGACGAAGCCCAGCGAGUUGAAGAGGAGAAGGAGGCCAAGGAGCGAGCCAAAGCUGAGCAGGAGGAGAACGACAGGCUGCAGAAACAGAGGGAGGAGGCCGAGGCCAAAGCGCGCGAAGAGGCCGAGCAGCAGCGCAUUGAGAGAGAGAAACACUUCCAAAAAGAAGAGCAGGAGCGGCUAGAGAGAAAGAAGCGUCUUGAGGAGAUCAUGAAGAGGACUCGCAAGAGCGAUGCCGGAGAAAAAAAGGAUGUGAAGGCAUCGCCACAGGUUGAUGGAAAAGACACAGACCUCAGUAAAGGCGAAAACCUGCUGAGACCUGCCGCGAGCUCCUCCGGUCCCGUCGUGAACGGAGUCCAGACCGCCGGUCAUCAGAACGGCGUGUCGGCCAACGGCGAAUUUGAUCAGGUGAUGCAGCUGAACAGCGGCUCCAACCCCACCGCCUCCCAGAGUGGUCUGGUCACGGUAGGAGAGCCCUUCCUGAUGAAAGCGGGCCCCAUGAAGCCUCAGCACGUAGCAGAGGUCCUGUGACUCCCCAGCACAUCCGUGGACACUCGCCUUAUGUCUCCGCUGCAGCAUAGAAAUUCAUGCCACACCACAACUGCUUAUACGUACAGUGAAAAAUGAAAAUGAAACAAAAAAAAAAUUGUGUGCCAAACAACAUGCCUGUGCUGACUCCAUGACAACAUGCAGGAUCUGAUACGGAGGACAGAGUGGGGGGAGGGGACACACUCAUCCAAAAGAAUGACAAAAAUAUAUAUAUCAUUCAGUAUUCUCUGUCUUCAAUGUGUUCUGGUGCAACUUUUAUUGAAAUGUCACAUGCAGAUUUUACAGUGCACCUUAAAGAUGACUGAAUUUUUUUGAAAAUACAAUAUAAGACCCCUGAGGUUAAAAAAAAAAAAAAAAGACAUCCUGUUUGACAAUGGUUGUUAUUAUUACCGUUGUUCUGAUGUUGUUAAGUUGAACAAUGUGUGUUUGUUGUUUUUGUCUUGAAAUGUUGAAUUAUUUAACAUGAGGAGCAUCGUAUGGACCGGCCACAGACAAGCGUAUGUAAAUGUAUCAUGAGCCUGGCUGCCUAUAGGCCUCCUGCCGCAGGGGAUCUGUGAAAUAAAGCUUUAUGAAAGGGAA